AUGAGUGAAGACCAUGGACCAGAUCCUCCUCCAGAAGCCCACGAGGCAACCGUUCGUGAAAGCUCGAGACGACCCCGUAGUCAAGUCAAGCAGACUAUUCGGAAAUUUGCGAAAGGUGUCAUUAGGAAACUUUCUAAAUUCUUCAAGUAUUCCCGCAGCCGCGUUCCUAGGACCCAGAAUGUGAACCUUCAAGAUACUUCGUCGAAUCAGAAUAUCGAGAACACGCCACAUACACUUCCUUUCACCGACGACAAGCAUCCCACCACAGCUGAAAAUCCCAGCAGCCAAGAGACAUCCGGAGAACCCGCUUCGAAGGUUCUCGACAUUUCCCCUGGUGUCGAGGAAACCCCUGGUCCCAAAUCAGUUGGUGCUGAAAUUCAAGAUGCCCACGAGGCUUCAGAACACAUGAAAACAUUCGGGGAGCGUGCACAGUCUGUGAUGUCCGCCGCCAGGAACGCCCCAGCUGGUCUCGCUGUUGUGGAUGAUUUCCCGACCAAUUACCUCCGGCCCCUGAAAAUUUUCGACAGUGCCAUUGAGAAGAUCACACUUCUGCAUCCAUAUGCAAGGAUGGCGUUGGGCGUACUUUCUGCUGCAGCCAAAAUUAUCCUGGCUCAAGCGAAGCGGGAUGAGUCGGUAGAUCGUCUUCUCCAGAAAUUAGAUGAAGUCUAUGGCUUCAUUACCAAAGACGAGAAUCUUUCCAAGGUUGAAUCGAUGCAUGAUGUCAUCGGAAAGAUUGCUCAGCAGACUCUGGAGUGCGCCCGUUUUAUUAGGGAAUACACAGAGACGAAGAGCUUCUGGAAGAGAACCGGUAAAAAUGUCAUCGCAGAAACGGAUGAUAUCAUCACGCGGUACAACGACGCCUUAGACGGCCUCAUGCAACAAUUUCGGGAUCAAGUGGAUCCGGACGUAGCUGUCUUUGUCCAGUUUGCGGGUGAAACGCUCGAUCUCAACGGCAUGACUUAUGCAGCGGGAGCGGGACUAAAUACCAUGAAACAGUGCCUACCAGGGACGCGACAGGAGAUUCUUUCCCAGAUUACGGACUGGACCAACGACAGCGGAGAUGCUGCUAAACCUGUGAUGUGGCUAUCCGGCCCCGCAGGCACGGGCAAAUCAGCCAUUGCGUACACGAUCGCCAACUGGUUCGAGGAAACGGGAGGCCUCUGUUCAUGUUUUUGUUUCGAUCGGCAUAGAGAAACAGACCGUCGCCAUGAAAAUAUUUUCUCCACCAUCGCGCGCGAUCUUGCUGAUCAUGAUCCGGGGAUGAAACGAGCGCUAGCAAAUGCAGUCAAGAACGCGACCUCGCUCAAGAAUACGAUGGACAUUUUCCAGCAGUGGCGCAAGCUUCUCAUGGAACCGCUGAAGAAGUUCCCUGGGUCAAGCGUGGGGCUCGUCUUGAUCGUGAUCGAUGCGCUGGACGAGAGCUGCGGAGUGGAGACGCGGAAGGAUCUUCUCGGCAUACUUGCCGGUAAACUUCAGAACAACGGACUUCCCCAAAUCACCGAACUCCCUUCCAACUUUUGGAUUCUCGUCACCUCUCGCCCGCUUCCCGACAUCGAAAAGUGGUUUGAAGGCGCUGAUCAUAUUUUACGGCUGUCUAUGGACAGUGUUCCACCAGAAUUCGCGGAGCGCGACAUUCGCGCCUUCGUAUCCGAGGAGCUGAAAGAGCUAUCAGAAUUUCAGGACAGCCAUCUUGCAACGCUCGCUGCAACAGCGGGUGGACUCUUCGAGUGGGCGCGUCUUGCGUGCGGACAUAUUCAGGAGCCCUUUACCGGCUUAUGCCCAAUGGACUGCUUCGAUGCUGUCGUGAAUCACAAUGCUGGGGAGUGGAAAAACUUGUUGUAUGAUAUGUAUCGGCUCAUCUUAACAGAAAUCAUGCCAAAGGAUAAGUACACAACGGCCCAUUAUGAGCAAGCAGUAGCAAAGUUUCGCUCCGUGAUGGGCCAAAUACUUGCCAUAGCCGAACCGCUCCCUUUAGUUUCACUGAAGGCUAUGCGGCACCAUUUUCCAGAGGACCACGACCAUUACGACGUAGAUCUAGUGAUCAAACACAUAGGAUCCCUCCUCAGCGGCACCACCGACUCAUAUACCCCCAUCCGACCCCUUCAUGCGACAUUCCAAGGAUUCCUGACGGAUGAAUCGUCCAGUGGAGACUUCUUCGUCAAGAGAAUGAAGGGACAACGACGCGACCUUGCAUUCGCGUCGCUACGAGUGAUGGAAGAUGGUCUUGGCUUCAACAUCUGUGAUUUGAAGUCGUCAUACCUCCCUAAUUCCCAAGACACGGAGCUGCCUGAACGAGUCAAAAGAUCCAUUUCCCCACGUCUGUCCUAUUCCUGUCGAUAUUGGGCUACGCAUGUCCAGACAACGAAGUUUGACGAAGAGCUCGCAAAGGAAAUAAGAUCACUCUUCGACGACGAGCGACUGAUGUUCUGGAUCGAAGCACUCGGACUUCUCAAUGCAAUCAGCGGUGCAGAUGCUGUGCUUCCACUCGUCGCCAAGUGGCUGAAGGGCCAUUCUGGAUACGAAGAUUUGCAGUCCGCCACGAUGGAUGCACAAAGAUUCAUUCAAGUGUUUGGCGGCAUGAUUUUGCACAGCACACCCCAUCUGUAUUUAUUAGCACUCCCGUUCUCCCCCAUCAACUCUACCAUUGCUACCAAAUUUACGGCUCAGUUUCCGAAUAGCCUCCGUCUAGCAUCCGGCCGCGAUUUGAACUGGACGGCUGUUCAAGCCAUAAUAAGGGGUCACACUGACGAGGUUUACUCAGUCUCGUUCUCACCGGAUGGUACUCGCAUCGUGUCUGGUUCAGAGGAUAACACUGUGCGGCUGUGGAAUGUAGCCACGGGACAGCCAUUGGGUGAGCCCUUGAAGGGGCACACUCAUGCGGUUUGGUCAGUCUCGUUCUCACCGGAUGGUACUCGCAUUGCGUCUGGUUCAUCGGAUAACACUGUGCGGUUGUGGAAUGCAGCGACGGGACAGCCAUUGGGUGAGCCCUUGAAGGGGCACACUCACGCGGUUCGGUCAGUCUCGUUCUCACCGGAUGGUACUCGCAUCGCGUCUGGUUCAGACGAUAACACAGUGCGGCUGAUGAGAGCGCUGCCAUCCCUCGAGUCGAGAGAGCCGGAUACCUCUGUAUCUCCACUGCAUCGAAGUACCGCACUUCCGACUCAAGAAAGUCGUAUUACGCCAACCAACAGUAACCAUCCCCUCAUUUCCUUCUCGCCUUCCCUGAAACACGCCCUGCCCAACCCCGCUGACUUGCUCGAACCCAUCUCUGAUCAUCAUUCCAAUUCAACCUCUUUCUUACUGCAGCCUGAUGGAUGGAUCAUGGGACCCAGAUAUGAGCUCCUUUUCUGGGUACCUCCAGCUUCCCGAACUGUGUUUUAUUCCCCUGACACUGCAAUGGUGAUUCCGAGAGGAGGCGUUGAACUUGAUUUGAGCUGCAUGGCACAUGGGACGCGCUGGUCGAAUUGCCGAGAUGUCUCCACGUAACGAUGAUUUUAUUGCUGCAAUAUCGAGUGUACCAUUGGAUCUCAUGAUUCCCUUCCUAUCUUAUACCUAGCACCCAUCUUGAACCUAUAGUUGUCCGACUGAACGAUGCACUGAAAAGCAGACUGGGCGAAACUGCAAUGCUGCUGCUGAUUCGUAGCGAAAACUCAUUUCAUCAGAGACGCCAUUAGACACCAUGAUGAUGUGUUACAGGUGCUGCGGUAUUCCUGCUCUCAUCACCGUCAGUCUCGACUCUAUUUGUAUAUUUCUGAGCGGUACCUGACGACUAGGAUUAUACUUGGAAUCUAUAUCCUGGUGUGCAUGUUCCUGCUCCUCAUCAUACUUCUUUGCCGGGUUCUGGUUUGAUUGUUUUUAUGAAGAAACGCCACGUCAAGAUAGAUAUUUAGCUACCGAUCAGUCAAUUAA